AUUCCUUGGGUUUUACCUGGGUUGGGUGCUGGACUCUAGGGCCAACAAAACACUUGAUCACGACUCACGAACUGGACUAAGUACCACCCGCCAUUUCCCGUUCCGCCACCGAAAUUGUAGGCCGAAAGAUACUGACAUGCCACCUGCGAAGAAGGGCAAGGCCAAGGCUCACAAGCCCCUAUCGGUUCCCUCACCCAAACCAGAUCAGACCACUAUAUUCCCCUCCUGUAUUCGUAGCGUCCCUCCCUCCUCCGUCGCCAUCACUAUCCAUGCCAAGCCUGGCUCCAAAAUGGCCUCCAUUACUGGUUUUGACGAUGAGGCAUUAGGUGUGCAAAUCGAUGCCCCUGCCAAGGAUGGGGAAGCUAAUGCCGCUCUUCUUGAGUAUAUGAGCUCCGUUUUAGGGGUAAGAAGAAGGCAGGUUUCCAUUGGUGCUGGAUCUAAAUCAAGAGACAAGGUCGUAAUUGUGGAAGAAGUAACUCUACAAAACGUUUUCGAUACAUUGGACAAAGUCUCAAAAUGCAAUUAAUGGUUAGGGAGAAACUCCAAUUUGAUCCUUAUGUAACUCUUUCUUGUCCAUAUCAUGUUUAUUUAAUAGUGUCUGAGUUUUGAAUUAUCUUUCACUUUUGCUCAACUCUUCGUCUGAUACUGUACUCUUGAUGAUACUUGUCCCUACUGAUUGCAUCUGAAUUAUUAUGUUUGAUGUUCUGUAAAUUAUGUUUAUAAAUAAUAAAAUAUGUACUUACACUCUUGUUUUACAAAA